AUGUCUCGCCGAUCGCUAACUCUACUCAAGAAUCUCGCUAGAAACGCGAAUGGAUCGGGUAUCCAGACCCGAUCGGUGACUUACAUGCCUAGACCCGGUGACGGAGCACCACGCGCAGUGACGCUGAUUCCUGGAGAUGGAAUCGGUCCUCUGGUGACGAACGCCGUGGAGCAGGUGAUGGAAGCGAUGCACGCGCCGAUCUUCUUCGAGAAGUACGAUGUUCACGGAGAAAUGAGCCGUAUGCCGCCGGAAGUGAUGGAGUCGAUAAGGAAGAAUAAGGUUUGUUUGAAAGGUGGGCUUAAGACUCCUGUCGGUGGUGGUGUGAGUUCGCUUAACGUGCAGCUUAGGAAAGAGCUUGACCUCUUUGCGUCUCUGGUCAACUGUUUCAAUUUGCCUGGUUUGCCUACUCGCCAUGAAAAUGUUGAUAUCGUUGUCAUCAGAGAGAACACUGAAGGUGAGUAUGCGGGGCUUGAGCACGAGGUUGUUCCUGGUGUCGUUGAGAGUCUUAAGAUGCAUGUUGCUUAUUAUCUUUGUUUGCAAAUGGUUUUUUUAUACUAUGUGUGA